AUGCAAGACGAGACUCUGCUGUAUGGGUUGCUCACGCAACGAUGUUGGGAUGGCAUCGCGAGCGACUUCGAGUGCCAGAAGGCGCUGAUAGCCAAGCUGCUCGGGUACCUGCUGAUUCUCGGCAGCUUGACCGUCAAGGCUCCGCAGAUUUCGAAGAUCAUGGUUGCAAAGAGCGUUGACGGGUUGGCGCCGUCUUCGAUCUACAGUGACCUCAUAAUCUACAUCGUCAACGCUGUCUACCACAUCGUCAGCGGUUCGCCGUUUAGCGCGUACGGCGAGAUCAUGACAAUUCUUGUCCAGAACAUAGUGAUAGUCCUUCUCCUGUGGUACUACAUGAAAAACCGGCCCUCGGCACUCGGGAUCGUGGGGUUGAUGGCGGUCUUUCUGGGCACGACGGUCGGGUGUGCGACGCUGAAGAUGGAGCACCUGAUGCUGCUACCUUACAGCAACCUGCCCCUGAUAGUCGUCGCUAAGGUCCCGCAGAUCAUGAUCAACCACGAUAACGGGCACACGGGGCAGCUGGCGUCCGUGACGACUAUGCUCAACUUCGUCGGCGCGACGAUCAGAAUCCUCACCACAAUCCAAGAGGUCGGGUGGGACCUGGGUCUGCUGUGGAUGCACGGGCUUUCGUCCUUCCUGAACGGAGUCCUGGCGCUGCAGGUGGUGCUCUACUGGAACCCGCACCGGGAAGUGGGCGGAGGAGCAAGCAAGAAGGAAGAAGGCAUGAUCAUGCCCCGCUCGUAG